AUGAUGGCGGCGGCGGUAGUUUGGGUGCGGGCGGGGCCGCGGCGGGCCCCGGCGCUCUGGCAGAUGCGGUGGCUGUCGCUGUUGUUGGCAGCGACGGUGGCAGCGGAGCAGCAGGUGCCGCUGGUGCUGUGGUCGAGUGACCGGGACCUGUGGGCUCCUGCGGCUGACACUCACGAGGGUCACAUCACCAGCGACAUGCAGCUCUCUACCUACUUGGACCCCGCCCUGGAGCUGGGCCCCCGGAACGUGCUGCUGUUCCUGCAGGACAAGCUGAGCCUUGAGGACUUCACCGCCUACGGUGGGGUGUUUGGCAACAAGCAGGACAGCGCCUUUUCGAACCUGGAGAAUGCCCUGACCCUGGCCCCCUCCUCGCUGGUGCUCCCCGCGGUUGACCGGUAUGCCGUCAGCACCCUGAGCACGUACCUGCAGGAGAAGCUUGGGGCCAGUCCCCUGCACGUGGACCUGGCCACACUGCGGGAGCUGAAGCUCAAUGCCAGCCUCCCAGCCUUGCUGCUCAUCAGGCUGCCCUACACGGCCAGCUCUGGCCUGAUGGCUCCUAGGGAAGUCCUCACAGGCAAUGACGAGGUCAUCGGACAGGUGCUGAGCACCCUUGCGUCGGAGGACGUCCCGUACACGGCAGCCCUCACAGCAGUCCGCCCUUCCAGGGUGGCCCGGGAUGCAGCCAUGGUGUCUGGGGGGCUAGGUCGGCAGCUUCUAGAAAAAACAACGCCGGCAGCCGUGCCUCACCCCCCUGUGAGCUACAAUGACACGGCCCCCCGGAUCCUGCUCUGGGCCCAGAACUUCUCUGUGGCUUACCAGGAGCAGUGGGAGGACCUGACCUCCCUCACCUUCGGCGUCCAGGAGCUUAACCUGACUGGCUCCUUCUGGAACAACUCUGCUGCCAUACUGGCGCUGACCUACGAGCAACUGUUUGGUACCACGGUGACUUUCAAGUUCAUUUUGGCUAACAGCUUCUACUCCGUGUCUGCCCGGCACUGGUUCACCAUGGAGCGCCUUGAGAUCCAUAGCAACGGCUCUGUCACCUACUUCAAUGCCUCCCAGGUCACGGGGCCCAGCAUCUACUCUUUCCACUGUCAGUAUGUUGUCAGUGGCACCAAGAAUGACAAUCUCCUCGUGCCCCACUCGCAGCCCUCUGCCUGGCAGGUGGUCCUUCGGGACUUUCAGAUCCAGGCCUUCAAUGUGACGGGCGAGCGUUUCUCCUAUGCCAGCGACUGCGCCGGCUUCUUCUCCCCCGGCAUCUGGAUGGGGCUGCUCACCUCGCUUUUCCUGCUCUUCAUCUUCACCUACGGCCUGCACAUGAUCCUCAGCCUCAAGACCAUGGACCGCUUUGACGAUCACAAGGGCCCUGCCAUCUCUCUGACCCAGAUCGUGUGA